ACAUGGGCGUAGCCCAGGCCCCCACUACUCCGUUUCACUUUUUUUUUUAAUCCCCUGACUCGGUGGUAUAAAAGGUAAACGGGAUGCGCUUCUCUCCAGCCCCGGGGGAGGAGGAAGAAGACGAAGCCAUCCAUGGAGGGAGGAGGAUCGGAACAGGAGUCUUCGAGAUCGCCGGCGGUGGAGGGGGAAAUUCUGGCGGGGCUCACGGCGGAGGAGCAGGAGGAACUCCGGACGACGAUCGAGGCGCACCACCGGUACCGGGUGGGGCCGGGCCAAUGCUCCUCGCUGCUCACGCAGCGGAUCCGCGCCCCGGCCGCGACCAUCUGGUCGGUGGUCCGCCGCUUCGACCGUCCUCAGAUCUACAAGCACUUCAUCCGCAGCUGCGCCAUCAAGGGCGGAGGCGAGGUCCGCGUGGGCUGCCUCCGCGAGGUCUGCGUCAUCUCCGGCCUCCCGGCGAGCACCAGCACCGAGCGGCUCGACGUGCUCGACGAGGACCGGAGGGUCGUCGGGUUCAGCAUCAUCGGUGGGGAGCACCGCCUCCAGAACUACCGCUCCGUGACGACGGUCACCGAGCUCGGCCCGCCGGGGAAAGGGAUCUGGACAGUGGUGCUGGAAUCCUACGUCGUGGACGUGCCGGAGGGGAACACCGUUGACGACACCCGGCUCUUCGCCGACACCGUUGUCCGCCUCAACCUGCAGAAGCUCGCCUCGGUUACUGAGGCGAUGGCGGCCGCGGCCGCCGCCACCGCCACCGCCGCCAAUCCGGAAAAGGGUAAGUCACCGUAGAUCCCUCCGCCCUCCCCGGAAAGGAAAAAAUGCCCUGGGAUAAGGACUAGGACAAGACUGGGGGGAAAAAAAUUAUUAUCGUUUAGUGGCUUUUGUUUCCGGGGUAUGGGAAGUGAUAAUGUCGUAAUUUAGUGGGCGAAAUUACUGAAACCUCCUAAUCAUCUCGUGUUAAGUUGGGAAAAGUCCUUCGGUUUCGGCAGGAGCAAGUGUCUAUUUUGUCUUAAAUUAGUGACGUUUCUGUAAUUUCAACUUUUAAUGAUUUUUAGCUUGGAGCAGUGUGAAUUUGUUUCGGUUAUUGCGGGAAAAAAACAAAUUAGUUGAAUUUUAUUUCUUUUAUGAUCAAA